ACGUAGUCGUAAAUCCGCCAUGUUCCUUCUCCGUUGCAGCGUUGCGACAGAGAUCCGAACGACAUGAGUGUAAAAAAUGAUAAUACGGCAGAAACAGAGACGGAGGAAACGAAAAACGGCAAUGAGACGAUCACCAUUCACACCAGUCUCGGAGAUGAGGAUGAAGACGUACACAAAUGUGGCCGCUGUCAAGCCGAGUUUUCCACUCUGGAUGCUUUCAUUCAGCACAAGUUACACAAGAAUUGCAAACGGGAAACCGGCAACCAAGUCGCUGAAUCUAAUGGAAGUUUUCCAAACGUGAAAACACUUGAAAAUGAUAACAGCUUGGGUCGAGGUCAAAGAAGGAAAAGACCUUCACAUAAAGCCACCAACCAGUCACAUCGGACAGAUAGAUCCCCAUCUGACAGUGGUGCUGAGACUGACAAAAAUGAUUACACUGUCAACACUGACGGGCGCUAUUUAUGUGGUGUGUGUGAGAAGACAUUCAAAACUCUCAACAUCUUGAGAACCCACUUGAAAACACACACAGAUGAGAAAAACUUUAAAUGUGAAUUAUGCAACACCUCUUUUAGAACUAAAGGUUCCCUAAUUCGACAUAAUCGGCGCCAUACAGAUGAACGACCUUAUCGGUGUAACUUGUGUGGUCAGUCCUUUAGAGAAUCCGGGGCUCUCACAAGACAUCUAAAGUCUCUUACUCCUUGCACAGAAAAGAUUCGCUUUGUUCAAUAUAAGGAAAUACUUGUCAGCAAAGAUGGUGCACGCAAAGGAGUGGAUACUGACUGCGACUCAACAGCUGAACCUCAAGAAAUGAUUGUAGUGCAACAGCAGCCAAGUGAGGAGAAUGAGAAUGAGGAUGUAGGGACGCAGACAGCUGUGGUCAAUGUGGUUGAAAUGGGAUCCCAGGAAGUCCUUCAUCAGGUUCACAUCACUAUGGCCGUUGAUGAAGCGACUCAAGAACAACAGGUUAUGGUUGAGCAGGCGCAAGCGGAAGCAUUAGCGGCAGCAGCAGCGGCAGGUGACAGCCUCAUCUGUCAGGCAAUCAUAAACUCUGGCAUUGCUCUGGAAACUGAAGAAACAGUGGUAGAAGAGACUUCAGAGGAGCCGGAGGGAAUAACUAAAGUCAUCUCUGUCUGCCCUGAAACUGCAGAGAAUAUUACAGAGAUCCAUGUCAAAGAUGAACUAAUGGAUGUGGAUGUUGAAGAGACAGAAGAUGGAGAGGGGGAUGGAGAAGUUAACAAAUCUAAACUACAUAAAUGUCCUCAUUGUGACCGUACUUUUAAGGGAAUUAACUACCUCCGCUUUCAUGUUAAGGGUCAUUUGGGGUAUAAGCCUUUCAAGUGCACCAUCUGCCAGAAAGAUUUUUUGUCUGGUUAUUUACUGAAAAAACACAUGGAGGUCCAUGUUAGUGAAAGACGGUACAAGUGUGGGGAGUGUGGGAAGCUCUACAAAACCAUUGGACAUGUUCGAGAGCACAUGAGGGCUCAUUCAGAUGAAAGACCUUACCACUGCAACAAAUGUGACAGAGGUUAUAAGACCAAGAAUGCCUUGCAAGUGCACCAGCGGACCCAUGGGGAUGAGAAACCAUUUGUUUGUCAGUACUGCACGAGAAGUUUCAGAGAAAAGGGUUCUUUGGUACGACACAUACGACAUCACACUGGAGAAAAGCCAUACAAGUGUCCCAAAUGCGGUCGUGGCUUUGCUGAACAUGGGACCCUCAAUCGCCACAUGCGUGCUAAAGGGGGCUGCCAAAAAGAGGAUUCCAGUGAGCAGCAGGCCACAGCAGCUCUUAUCUCAGAAGACCCUCAUGCGGUCCUGGUGGAGUUCUCCUCUGUUGUGGCAGACACACAGGAGUAUAUUAUCAAGACUCAAAAUGAUGAAGUACAAGGAGAGCAAAUUGCUGUUAUUCAGGAUGACCAGAGUGAGGUGGGUAGCCAUAUCAUGAAAGUAGUACAGCAGAUUGUCAGCCAGUCACAUGGAGCGGGCACAGGCAGUCCUCAGAUCAUUGUACGUAAUGCGGGGGCCAAUGAGGAGGGGCUGUCCAUCUCUGACUGUGGUGACACUAUUACCAUCGCUACCCCUGAGAGCCUGACGGAGCAAGUAGCCAUGACUCUAGCCUCUGCUAUUAAUGAUGGAACGCUCCUAGGAACCACUGGCACCGUGGAGACACCAGAGGGGACAGUCACUGUGGUGACCACACAGCAGGAUAUUGAGGAGGGGGUUCAGAUGGUCCAGCAGCAACAACAAGAGGAGUACGUGCUAACCCCAGAAGUCGAAAUACAGACUUUUGUUGUUUGAUAGUGGAAACAGUUUUGACUGGGACAACUGCUCAUAUGACGGCCAAUGAAAGUCUUGAAC